GAAUAUAUUUAAGCCAGCAGGUUCCCACGAGUGAGUAUAACCAACAUGGCUCCCGGUAUAACAGGUGUCGACCCGGGGAGCCUGGCGGGAUUACUGCCCCAGCACGCACACCUUUGUACACUCGAGUUAACAGUCGUGACGGGACUUGAGGAGGUUGCUGCAGAGGAAUGCAAGGAGAAAUUGGGAGUUAAUUGCGUCAUAGCGAGAGGCAGAGUGUUUAUUGACAUAGACAUCACACAAGUGGCUGAAGUGUUUAAGCUCAGGUCCAUUGAUAAUGUCAAUGUUAUACUACAGAUGGUCAGUAACUUCUCCUUCCCAGAAAAUAGGGAGCAGUGUUUGGAGAGACUUUUUAAAUUUGCUGAGGAACCUGACUGGAAGAAAGGCAUGCAUGUGUGGAAAAAUGUUUUUAAUUACUCUGAGGACCCCAUUCAAGAGAUCAGGGCCCUGAAGGAUGAAUAUUGUAAACCCCGUCCAGAUAUUGAUCUGAAACGGAUGAAAUUAACUUCAGAAAUUAUUGAUAACCUCCCAGAAAAUAUUUUGCCACAACAUUUAAAAUCAAAGCAAGAGCCUACAACAGAAGUAACAAAUGACAUUGAUUCCUCAGUUACAGAAAUGGUCACAGAAAGUGAAGAUUCCUCUGACAAACAAGAAGUUCGAACUUCAGGUCCAAAGUUUAGAAUAUCUUGUAGCAGAACCGGCUUGAAACACAACUUUGGGAGCUCAGAGGCUGCUCGGCAGUUUGGUGGUGCUGUUAAUGAGAUCUUUGGCUGGCCAGUGGAUCUUUCCAAUUUUGAGCUUGAGAUUCUACUUUACAUUGAUACAGAGUUUGUGUAUACUGCAAUUUGCCUUACCAGAGAACCUCUGUUUAGACGUAAUAUUACUAGUUUUGGCCGAACUAAUCUACGCUCAACUAUCUGUUACAAUAUGAUUCGAUUAGGAGCACCACAGCCUGGGGACGUGGUGAUAGACCCGAUGUGUGGAGGAGCAACUAUUCCUAUGGAAGGCUCACUCACAUACCCCAAAGCAUUUCACAUUGGAGGAGACAAUUAUGCACAGGCUGUGAAACGCAGCCGCGAAAAUAUAGAAUAUCUACUGAAGAAACAAAAGUCCAUGCCAAUAGAUGUGGCUCAGUGGGAUUCAACCAGGCUUCCUUUUAAAAACCAAUGUGCUGAUGUUAUAGUAUCUGACUUGCCAUUUGGCAAACGCAUUGGCAGCAGAGGAGAUAAUCGUGUUUUAUAUUACCGUACACUUCUGGAAAUGGCCAGAGUAACGAGGACAGAAACUGGUCGUGCAGUGCUGCUCACUCAUGACCGUAAUAGUAUGAUGAUGAAUAUCAAGAGAGUUCAUUCUCUCUGGAAGAGUUCUACGUCGCGAACAAUUAAUAUUGGUGGACUUUCUGCUGUAAUUUAUAUUUUACACCGAACUGCUUUGCUUUCUGACCCAAACCUCAAAACUGAAUCAAGUACUCGUAAACAUCUCCAUAAACAAGGUGAUAAGGUGCCUUUGUUAGAUUAGUCUAUUUGUUUAACAAAGUAGUAAAUUAUUUCUGGAAUGUACCUUACCAUUAUCAUUUUUUGAUAAUAAAUUUGAGAUUUUAAA